AUGUCGGUCCGCGACGAGCUGGUACAGCAAGGUGUGCGUUUUCUGCAGCAUCCAAAGGUGCAGGACACGCCGCUGUCGGAGAGACUGCAGUUCUUGGAGAAGAAGGGGCUCACACCCAAAGAGAUCGCGGCGGCGCUCAAACUCAACGACGAGAAGAAUUCUGCACGAGCGGCGCAAGCCGUUGCCUCUGUGACGAGCGGUAAGAGCGGUGAGCGACUACAAGGCCGCGUGGGCGUCGUUGUGGGCGGGAAUGUCGGGUUGGGACAGCUCAUUGCCGUCAAGCUGGUAAAGGAAGGCGCCAAACUCGCUAUAAUUGGCGCGAAAGGAGCGGACGCUAUGAACUCUCCUCAGACCUGCAACGUGGAGGCUCAGAUCCAAGAACUGGAGGGCGCGACACCCGCCAAGAUUUACGAAGGCGAACUACACGACUGGAGCUUUGUAGACGCAACGUACGCUGCUAUUGCCAAGGAGUUCGGCCGCGUUGACUUUGUGGUCAACUGCGUUCCAGCUCCGAAGGACAGUGGCGCGAAGCCCACAGCUCUAGUGGAUGUGGACGCUACGGCGUGGGACGAAGCCAUGGGAGUGUCUGCCAAGGCCGUCUUCCUCAGUUGUAAGCGUGCAGUGCAGCAGAUGCUGACGCAGGACAACGGAGCUGUUCGUGGUCGCAUUGUUAACAUCUCAUCGCUGUACGGAAUGGUCGCCCGCAAGGGCCACUUCACGUUUGGAGUGGGCAAAGCAGCCAUCGUGCAGCUCACGCGCCAGGUCGCUGCGGAAUAUGCGUCAAGUGGCAUUGUGUGCAACGCUGUGGCUCCGGGCUUCAUUGACGACUCCAUCAGUCGUGACGAUUGUCUCGCUCCAGCAUCAAAUAACCGGAUUCCAGCUGAAGAGCCUGGCAAGGUGAUGGAUGUAGCCAACGCUGUCACGUUCCUGGUAUCGGACGACGCUCGAUACGUCCACGGCGUCAACUUGCUCGUAGACGGCGGCUACAUGGCGUGCUAG